AUGGACGAGCAGCUGCCUGCUCUUGCCGGUGGCUCAAAGGCGGCCACCACGACGCCCUUCUACCUCGCCUUAGAUCACAGAGCUUCCGCCACGUUAUCUUCACCGCCGGCGGAGGCGCCAACACCGGCGCCGCCUUCGGCCGUCUCAGAUCCUUCUAGGCAGUCCAACAGCGAGAGGGGAUCCGAAAUAAUCAAAGCCAAGAUCAUGUCUCACCCUCUCUAUCCGUCUCUCUUGAGAGCCUUCAUAGAUUGCCGGAAGGUUGGAGCGCCGCCGGAGAUUGUCGGUCGGCUUUCCGCCCUCGCCAAUGAGGUCGAAAUGAAUUCAGACGACAGACAAGAACAACGACCAGCAGACCCAGAGCUCGAUCAGUUCAUGGAGAUCUAUUGUCACAUGUUGGUAAGGUACAGACAGGAGCUCACAAGACCAAUCCAGGAAGCCGACGAAUUCUUCAGAAGCAUGGAGGCCCAGAUCGACUCAUUUUCGUUAGAUGACAAUGGCUAUGAAGAAGGAUGCGGUUCCUCCGACGAAGACGAGCAAGAAACCGCCGACUUGGGCAGCUUGCCGGUCCCUGAGACCGGCAGCCCGUCCGGGGUGGACAAGGAGCUGAAGAACCGCCUACUGAACAAGUACAGCGGCUACCUGAGCAGCCUCUGGAGGGAGCUCUCGAGGAAGAAGAAGAAAGGCAAGCUGCCGAGGGACGCGCGCCAGAAGCUCCUCCACUGGUGGCAGCUGCACUACAGAUGGCCCUAUCCCUCGGAGCUGGAGAAGGCGGCGCUGGCGGAGUCGACGGGGCUCGACGCGAAGCAGAUCAACAACUGGUUCAUCAACCAGCGGAAGCGCCACUGGAAGCCGGCGCCGCCGACGAUGGCGCUGGCCACAGCAGAUUACAGGCUGGGCCCGCACGGCGGCGGCGGAAUGAGUUGCAUUUUCAUGCAACCAUUGCGGCAGCCAGCCUGGUGCGCAGCCUUCAAAGUGCAGUGGUGUAGCGUGCGAGCUGACUGUCAAUGCAAGAGGGUCACUUGCUAUGAUCAGAAUCAGAUCUUUGCAGAAGUUGCUGGUGUUCAGGCAAUGCCACAAGGUUUGAAGCGACUACUGAACACACACAAAAAGGGGUUCCUAAUUGCAUGUCACUAG